AUGAAGAAGGCUUCAUCGAAUCCCUCGUAUACAGAACGCAUCCGCUCUUGGGCCCGAACCAAAGCGCAUGGCUCCUCGCCACUCGCCCCAGACACGAACCAGCCGACGCAGUCUCUCUCCAUAAGCAAUCCCCCUGCGACCACCGCGAUCCAGGUCAGCUCCGGCCUCCAGAAUGACACCACCAACAUCCCUCCCUUCCCAUCGCGCGACAUCAACGGCCUCGCCCGCCAGUCGUCGAAACCGACGAUCAUCAACUCCACAGCCAAUGCCUCGCUCGAUAGCCCACCACCCACUUCACUUCCGGAAGUUGAUGCCGCGGGGCUGGUCGUAAACAAUGAACAAGAAAUCAAGCCCACGAAAAAGAACGUUGCCAUGCGAUUCUGGCUCACCAGUAAAUUCAUCCUCUUGUCCAGCUACGCCAAUCUCCUGCUGGUCGUUGUACCCGUCGGUAUUGCCGCAAAGGCGGCCAACCUGAGCCCGGGCAUCGUCUUUGCGAUGAAUGCCAUCGCCAUCGUUCCCCUGGCGGGUCUCCUCAGUCAUGCUACCGAGAGCGUGGCCAAGAGGAUGGGAGACACGAUAGGUGCACUUAUGAAUGUUACGUUUGGUAACGCCGUCGAGCUCAUCAUCUUCAUGUAUGUCCCUCUCAACAGAGAUCAAGGCAAGAAAGAGCGAGAAGCCCUCUUAAAGGCAUUAUCAAAUCAAUCGCGUCCCAUAUCAUCCGGCCUUUCAUUUGUUCCCCACGUGUCUCCCCGUUUUAUCGCCCUCGCCAAGGUAUGUCGAUGCGACUCGCUUACGUCCUGGGAUCUUGCUGAUCCAACGCAGGGUGAAAUCCGUAUCGUCCAAGCUUCCUUACUCGGUUCGAUUCUUGCCAAUUUGCUCUUGAUUCUAGGCAUGUGUUUCCUGGUCGGUGGACUACGCUUUCGCGAGCAGAUCUACAACAGCACGGUCACGCAGAUGAGCGCAUGUCUCCUCAGUUUGAGUGUCAUGAGUCUCUUGCUUCCAACCGCUUUCCAUGCGUCGUUCAGCGAAGAGAAGAAGGCCGAUGCUACGCGAAAGGUCCUGCAAGUCAGUCGUGGUACCAGUGUGAUCCUUCUCUUCGUCUACGUCCUGUACCUACUGUUCCAACUCAAGUCCCAUGCGUACAUGUACGAGAGUACCCCACAGCACAUCAUCGACGAGGAAUCCGCCCCGGGCCCCGUCGCGCAAUGGAUGGAAACGUCCUCGGACGACUCAUCUUCUUCGUCGAGCUCCGAUUCUGAUGGAUCAAGCGGCUCGAACACUACUGCCAAGCGCUUCAAGCGUGUCAUGAGAGGAGGUAGGCGGCGCCGCAAGUCGAGUUCCGGAUCCAAGGAAACUGCUGAGCGCACCGUCCUCAGCCGGAACCCCUCUUUUGGCGACGGGUCACUGGCCACCGAGACUGCCGUCGACGAGCCACGCAUCGGCCACCGCCUUGGUGCUAUCGAUGCUGGCGAAGAGGGUGACGAUGAAGAACAUAACCAACGAAGCCGCAAGAUCUCGGUUGUCGAUCGCAUGUCGAGGCGGCAGGUCAGAAAGGAACGGAAGCGCCAGGAGAAGAACGAUCGUAAGCGAGCUCGCCGACAUGGCGACGACACCAUCCCUGGAGGAGCCGUUAUGACCGAAAAAGGCCCCGAGAGCAAUGAUGCACCUCAUCGCGUCGACUUUGCGGUGGUCAAGCCCGAGCCCUCGGGACCGGGUGAGCCAACCGACUCUUCCCAGAAGCGUCCGUUCAACAUCCGCAGCAUCACGAGUAUCCGUCCCCAGAUCCCCAAGACUUUCUCCCAGAAUGUCUUCACGCAGCCAUCACCCGCUUCAGACCUUGACGCUGGCCCUAUUCCACGAGUUCUUUAUGGCAUCCGCCGCACCAACUCGCUCCCCGACCGCCUUAACCAGCCUGUCUCUGGAGUUGCAGCCCCCAACACUCGGAUCAGCCCUACCCGCGUUUCUAGUCUCGCCGGCGCCUCCAAGAGGGAGGCCGACGAGAACAUCUCCCGUACGACAGCCAUGUUUCUCCUCCUCAUCUCGACUGGUCUCGUCGCUGUCUGCGCCGAGUUCAUGGUGGACAGCAUCAAUGACGUCGUGGCUUCGAACUCUGGUGUCGGUGAGGCUUUUAUCGGUCUGAUCAUUCUGCCCAUCGUGAGUAACGCGGCCGAACAUUUCACUGCGGUGACCGUUGCCCUUCGGAGAAAUAAGAUGGACCUAGCCAUUGGCGUCGCGGUGGGGAGCAGCAUCCAGAUUGCGCUCUUCGUGACCCCCUUCGUCGUUCUCCUGGGCUGGUGUAUGGGCCAGGACAUGAGUUUGUACUUCAGCCUUUUCGAGACCGUCUCGCUCGCCGCCGCGGCCUUUAUCGUGAAUUUCCUCGUCUUGGAUGGGCGGAGUAAUUACCUGGAAGGCGUGUUGCUUAUGGCCGCCUACGCCAUCAUUGCCGUGGCUGCUUUCUUUUACCCGAAUGCCGACCACCAGAGUAGUCUGGGCGGCAAUCCGGACGCGACGAGCAAGAUGAUCAGGAAUUUCCUCUCGAACGAGGAUCUGCCGAUCAAGCUAUCCCCAGACGAUGCUGCAAACUACUUCAAGAGAGGAGGAACGGUCGUUACCACCAAGCUGCUUCGAAUGUUCUUGGAGUACAUGGCCCAGAGCCGGACCGGGCUUCAUCCCCGGGCCCGGGGCGCCUUGAACAUCCAGACGGUGCACGCCUACGUCGAUACAUUGGGUGUGGCAUUCCAGCGCGUGCAGAACCCUAUCGACAAAGAGAUCACUGCCGCUGCUCACGCCUGGAUCGAGGUCUACCGGCUCCCUCGAGGAAUGGUCGCACGCUACACUGACAUAAGCGAGGUCCUCUUGGCUGGACCGACUAUGCGAGUUGGUUGGUGCGGACAAGCGAAUAAGAUGAAUCUGGCCAUCGGUGUUGCGGUUGCUUCGAGUAUCCCAAUUGGUAACUGCACCAGCUACCGGUACUUCCCGUGUCGAGGCGAUUCCGUCAACUUUACUCAGCCCUCUUCGUCACACCCUUCGUCGUCUCUCCUCGGCUGGGCAAUGGGCCAGUCAAUGUCCUUGUACUUCACUCUGUUUGAAAGCGUCUGUCUCUUCGUAUCAGCUCUCAUCGUCCAACUUCCCGAUUCGCGACGGCCGCAGCAAUCCUCUCGAAGGUGCGCUGCUUUGCGCGGCGUACGUGGUGAUUGCGGUGGCGGCGUUCUUCUACCCCGAAAGCGAGGAUCAGAGUAG